AUGACUCUUCUAAUAGUUGUAUGUAUUGUUGCUGCCUUUGCUUGUAACGAAGGUGAGUACUUUGACCAGACCACCGCAACGUGUAAAGCGUGUGAGAACAACUGCAAGACUUGUUCCACGCAAACUCUUUGUCUUACAUGUGUUGAUAGUGGAAAUGUAAAUCAGCCGUAUGUGUUGGACCAAACAUACCAAUGUGUCCUUCGCCCGCAAAUAACAAAUUGCAUAUCCUACACGGGAGUGUUGUGUACUCAAUGUGACAAGUACUAUUAUUUGAAUAACCAAGUCUGUACGCAGUGUGAUGCAGACAAAAAAUGCACGUACUGCAAUUCGCAGGAAUGCUUCCAAUGUUCUUACGGAUACACUUUAGUCAAGAACGGGAAAGAGUGUGUUGACUGUUCACAGGCCGUAAACGAUGCCGAUUGUGGUCGAUGUCCUGCAGACAGAUACUUUGACAUCUCGACGUUAUCUUGUAUGCCGUGUAAAGACUUUUGCGAUCAUUGUACGUCCGCCACAAACUGUUAUUCGUGCUCUACUGGGUAUGCUCUUGCUGAUUCGAAUAACACUGAGUCGAAUUGUGUUCGCAUUGAAAAUUGUGCGGAUGGCUUUACAUAUGGAGACCACUGCGAGAGGUGUAAUCCAAGUUACUUCCUGAAGGAUGGGAAGUGUGCGAAAUGUGGUAAUGACUGUAUCGCGUGUAUUGACGACUCUAUUUGCACUGAAUGUAUUAACUCAAAGAAAUUGGCAAAUGGGAAGUGCAUUGAUACAAUCGAACACUGUUUGAGUGCGGAUAAUAUCAAUGGAUGUACUGCAUGCGAGUCUGGGUAUUACAUUGGACAAGGCUCUGUAUGUGUGAAAUGCGGAGUAACUUGUUCGACGUGUGUGAGCGAAAGUUAUUGCUUUAGAUGUGCGGCAAAUUACUACUUUGGGACUAAAGAAGGCGAGUGCUUACCAAAGAAAGAAGACUGCGAAGCGACAGAUCAAUAUGGGUGCAUGUCGUGUAAAACAAACAUAAAAAAUGACGCACAAUGCGAAAUAGAUAAAGUCGUUGAUACAACUGGGUCGAUUAACUGCACUACACAAACGUAUGGAUAUUACUUGGAAGCGACAGUACAAGCGGAUGGGACUGUGAAAUAUGCACAACAAUGCCAACAAUGUAAUUUGAAUUGCAAAACAUGUGCGUAUAACAAGGAUUGGUGCACAUCGUGUAAUGACGGAUAUACAUUAGCAGAGAAUGUUGGUCAAAGAGAACUUUACCGAAUGACUACUAAGGAAAUUGGGAAUGUCUACAAUUGUUUAGUGAAGCCGGCUUCUUGUAAAACUGCGGAGAUGGGAUAUUGUACAGAAUGUGUAGAGGGAUAUUUCUUGUCUGAUGUCUCAUGUGUGUUGUGUGACGAAUCGUGUGGGUCUUGCACGUCCGAUUUAUUCUGUCAAACGUGUUCUGCUAAAAAGGAUGCAAAUGGGAAAGCUCUUUAUUGGCGUCCAUCUGAACUUUCUGCUCUAGAAAAUGAGGCCAAAGGGUUAUGCAUGAAGUUAAGUGAAACUUCGGUUCAAUAUGGACUGGACAAAUGCACACACGACCCGACAAAUCUUGGGUGUACCUCAUGUAACGACACGUAUUACUUACACAACAAUUACUGCAAGCAGUGUCCUCUCGAUCUUUGUAGUAAAUGUAAAGAGAGUGCAGUUGAAGGGACGAAUGAAACAAAAGUCAUUUGUUUAGGGUGUUCCAACAACACUUAUUUAGUCGCUUCAGAAAACAGAUGUGUAGCGUGUGACUCAAUUGAGAAAUGUUCUACUUGUGAAACUGAUGGUUGUCAUGAGUGCACUGAUGACUACAAACCCACUCCAGAUAGAAAGAAGUGUACUAAAGUGAAUGUCGCAUUGAUAGUUCCUCUCUCUAUAGCCGGAUUAGUCAUUGUUGUGGUGGUCGUGGUCCUCAUUUUGUUCUUAAUUUGGAGACGUCGUCUUGCUGUCGAAAAAGAGCGCAAGAAGAGUUUCAGACCGACGAAAGUCUCCUCUGAACUUGAGAUGCUUUUGGCCUCAUCGGACAACGUCAAUUUCCCAUUGAAAGCCAUUAUGGACUUACAAGUGGAAAAAGACAAAGACGGAAAAAUUAAGAAGGCGGCGCCCCAGAAAUGGGACUUUGAUUUUGGUUUGAAGGGAGAGAAACCAAAAGUGGACGAAGAAAUUACACAGACGAUUAAAAUAGUGAAUCCAACAAAAGUCACAUACUACUUUGAAUUUACCACGCCUGUCUCGCAUCAAUACGAAAUCACGUUUGCUCCAAAACAAGCGACUUUGAAGCCACAAUUUGGUGUUGAUGUUAAAAUCACAUUUAAAGCACUUUGCACGACGAAUAUCGAAGACAACAUUGCUAUUUGUGCUAACACUAUAGAAGACACUAAUAAGGAAAUUGCUAAAUUCUCAUUGCGAAUUGAGUCGGACAUCUCACUCAAAUUGGACUAUAACGAACUGAAAGCAAAUGGGGGACCGAUUGGUGAAGGUGCGUUUGGCCAAGUAUUCAGAGGGAAUUACAGAGGGAUGGAUGUUGCGAUUAAGAAGAUGAAAGAGCCGAAGAUGACGGAUGUGCAGAAGUAUGAAUUUGAUCACGAAAUUACUAUGUUGAAAUUACUGAGACAUGAAACUACAGUGAAUUACAUUGGUGCUGUAUACACAAUGGGGGAGUACGCUAUUGUCACUGAAUUCAUACCUUUUGGCGCAUUAAGUAAACUCCACCAGAAAGAGAAUUUCCCACUUGAAUUAAAAGAGAAGAUUAUGGACGAUGUUGCGGCUGCUAUUUAUUACUUGCACUCCCUCGAAGUCUUGCAUAGAGACGUGAAAGGAGAGAACGUCCUGAUAAGUGCGAUUGACGAGAAUAAGACCGUCUGUGGGAAAUUAACAGACUUCGGGACAUGCAGACUCAUCACGGAACAAAAACUGAAGGAAAAACCACUGACGGAAGGCGUCGGAACACCUAGCUAUAUGCCACCAGAAGCAUUGCAACAUAAAGCAUAUGGAAAGCCGAUGGACGUCUUUGCGUUUGCUAUUACGAUGUAUGAGACGUUUGUCGAACACCCGGCGUAUGUCGGAGAUCGAUUUGAAAAGGCGUGGAACAUCCCACAAUUUGUAUCGGAAGGAAAACGACUUGAGAAACCGAACGGCAUCCCAGAAGACUACUGGAAAUUGGUGACAGACUGUUGGAAAGAUAACCAAGACGAAAGACCUACUAUUAAAGAAGUUUUGGUAAGAAUUAAUAACUUCGAGUUGAAAUUUACAAGAAGUCCAGUGGGAGCAGGUAUGAAAGAAGAUAAACCAAUACAGAAGGUCGAAGAGAAAAAAGAGGAAAAGAAUGAAGAGGUGAAAGUUACUUUAGACGAAGUAAAAGUGGAUAACAAAGAAGUAAAGAUUAAUGCAGAAGAAGUCACAGUCCAAAAAGAAGAACAUCAGAAUACAGAGGUUAAGGUCCAUAAUAAGAUGGACUCAAAAUCUUCUUCGUCAAAAUCAAGCUCAUUUAGCUCGUCGAGUUCCGAGUAA